AUGGCUGAUCAGGAAUCAAUAAAGAUUUAUAAACGUGAAAAAACCCUACUUGAAAAAGUUUUGGGGACCUAUGAAAAUGGUAAAACCAAAAUAGUCCUAAUGAAACAAUGGACUAAAAAAUGUGCUUUAACUGUUGGACAUUUAUCACAGGAUAGUACAAAAUAUAUUUAUGACUCGGGUAUUGAAUUAUCGUAUGAAGAAAUGGAAGCGCUUGCCGACAUUCUACCCACAAUGACGAAAUCAGAUCAGGCAAAAAAUUAUGCCGAAUUGGGUACGAGUAAAGAUUCAUACGGUAACGAGUAUCGUUCAAUAGUAACGCGUAGUGAAUAUGCGGGUUUAAAAGUCUGCAAAUUGAAAAAAUCGCAAAAACCUGUCGACUUUGGUACCACCACCUCCACUACCACCACCGAUUGUCCUGAUCCUGCACCAGCCACCACAGCCACAAAGACGCGUGUGGAAGAUCUAUGGGUCGAGUGUUUCGAUAAAUUUUAUAUCAACAAGAAUGAUGAUUGGAAAAAACUUUCCGAUGUUAUUCGUGAUUUCUGUUAUGAGGCCUAUGGUAUCUUGAACCCCUCCAGCGGUCUUGAUGUAGUACCCCCAUCCCCACCACCGACGGAACAAAAACAGUUGGAUGGUCCCAAGAAACGAAAGAGAGAUACUACUACUAAAGGAAGUGUGAAGAAGACCAAAAAAGUUGUGGUUGAAGAAGAUUCUGAAAAGUCGGAGGUGAGAAAAUUUUUAGUAUUACAAAAAAUGGCUACAAGACUGAUAAUGUUAAAUAUGUGUAAAUAUAGAAAAGAUUGUGAAGAAACGAUUUCCCGAUUUGGUGCAGAGAUGUAUAAAAUUUGUCCGUAUCCUUACGAGAAUUUUUUGGUUGUAGCCGAAUAUUUAGAAGAAACUUGUGCAACUAUUAAUCAUCAGCUCUCUCUCUUUUAG